UGACAUUCCUACCCGUACCCAGAUCAACAAACACCUUUACUCCCGGAACUAUUGACUCUGGCACCGGUCCAGAAUUUCACCUCCGAUAAACAAACCGGUGGCGCAAUACGCAGCCGGCGUACCGAUCAGCGAUCAAGGAUCUUCAAUCUUAUCGUGCGCCAGUAGGCUACAAUGGGAGAUAUGCUGAUAUGGCUACUCUUAUUCUUCAUAGUCGUAGCUAUACUUGUUAUGGUUAUUUUCCAGCUCAUCUCCUUAACUGAUCUAGAGUUUGACUAUAUCAAUCCUUACGAAACUGCAUCUCGUAUAAACAAAGUUGUUUUACCUGAGUUCAUCACACAAGGAGUUCUGUGCUUCCUCUACCUGGUUACAGGGCAUUGGGCUAUGUCGCUUUACUGCAUUCCAUAUCUAUACUACAAUGUCAAUUUGUACAUGCAAAGACGGCACCUUAUAGAUGUUACUGAGAUUUUUAAUAUGCUCAGUUGGGAAAAGAAACAGAGGAUUUUCAAACUUGCCCACAUCAUAAUUCUUCUCGUCAUCUCAUUAUUUUGGGUGAUUUAUUCUGCCUUGGAGGAUGACGAGCUCAAUUUAUAGCUCUAAAUCCCCUCUUUCGACGAAGUAUUUAUCACCAUCAACUGUGGCAAAUCUACUUCAAUUUUUUUUGUACAAGUUGGCUUGUCCUCCUAGUUCAUUUUUCUUGCAAGUUUUAGGGUUAACUAAUGAUAGAUUUGGCAGCAGAUUCCUCAUCUUGUUUUUAUCAUUUGAAGCUUAACUUUAACCCCGUCGUGUAUACAACUUUUGGGUAACAAUAGUUAUUUUUUCAGAAUCCAUAGGUUGUAUUAAAGUUUUGAUCAGUUAAUAACAUGGUAAUUGCCCCUGUCAGUACCGAAAGUGAUAAUAAAAGUGGAAAUGUUGUCAA